ACAUUGGCGUUCGGGGCCGUAUGGAACCCCCUGUUAUGGCAGUGGGUUCUGAGUCUAUGCGGCGCUCUGUUGCUGCUGUUGGCCGAGUGCCAGACGGAGGCGCCCACUCUGUUGGCCGGUGUGCCCAGCGAUGGACAGAACCGACCCAAAGCUUACCUACUUUUCACCGGAAGGAUAUUAACGCUUCUCAUAUUCUUCACAAGCCUUGGCCUAAACAUGCAAAACGUGUUUCUUAUCAUACGAAAGAUGAUAGGGUUGGCACUCAUGGCGGCCGUCACUAUCGGCUAUAAGACCAAACUGUCGGCCCUUUUGCUGGUCGUGUGGCUCACGGACUCAAACAAACCACUGUAUGAUGUCCUGAUAAAACGCUUUUUCCUUAUGCUGUUCGUAAUCGACGGCCUCUUAAUGAUCGUAGUCUUAGGACCGGGAGAUCUGUUUGUAGAUAACUACAAGAAAAACCGGUAG